AUGCCUCCAACUGAAGAAGAUUUAGCGUGGUUCCGAUCAACAUUUCAUCCCGUACCCAAACCUCGGUUGCCCGAGGACUGUGUUGAAUACUAUCUAUUUGUCUUCAACUCUAACAUCGACACUGGUAACGAUUCGGAGAUCCGGUUACGACUGCGAGAAGUCCAAAAGUUUGCGGCAGGGCUACAGGAAGAAUGGUUGAAGAACUACAUCUGGCAGAGGCAAGGUUUUGGGCUGGAAAUGGUCUCAGAGGAUGGUGUGACACUGCUGCGAGGAAGAACCGAAUACGGUGAUUCGGUAGAGGAUGAAUGGGUCAUUGUCUGGCUUCUUCGCAGAUUGACAAGAAAGUUCGAGGAUCUCUGGGUCAAGGUCAACGACAGUGAUGGGGAGUUCUUAUUGAUCGAAGCUGCGGGGACUCUGCCUGAAUGGCUGGAGCCCGAAGUAGCUGAAAAUAGAGUGUGGAUUCAUCGUGGCAACCUGGCCAUCAUCAAGCCACAAAAGAUCAAGUCAAUGAGGCAAAAUGACGAGAAUAUAUCACUGCAAGAAGCUCGGAGAAUCGUUCUUGAAGACCCAAAACGUCUACUAAAAUCUACUAGCAUAGAGGAAGAGGCCUUCUACAGACUUAGGAAUUAUCCACAGCAGAUAGCAGAGAAUAUGCACAACGCAUUGGUGACAAUCCCCCGAAAGAUCGCGUUUCUGUUGCACCAGAAGCCAGCUUAUAUCUCAUCUGCGAUUGAGGCCUUCUACUUGCGGGAUCCAAUCGCUCUGAAACCCCUGCAGGCACAGGGUACAUCCUCCCUUACCUUCCAACCUGAGGAUCUGGUCACUGUUAGUGUCCGAUUUCCCCGAGUGGGCUUCGCUCAGUUGAGGAGUCAAGACUUUCAAGUGCCAGCAACAUGGCGUACAAGCCUACCUCCAAAAAGCGACGCGAAGGGGUACAGUCAAGCUGAGCUUGGUAUGAAACUCUCAUGUGGUUUUGAAAUGCUGUUAUCAGACCCUCAAAACCAAGAUCGAUCUGCUGUGCGCGAGAUGAAAAUGUUGCUCGAGGAUCUGGGAACUGGUGACGAAAAGUUACCAACAAGUCCAGAUAUUGCGCAAUGGCCGCGUCAAGAAGACGAUGAAAAGUGGCUUGACAUUAGCUUUGAAGAUCUUGAGGGUGAGCUAGGUGGGAAAGACAAGGCUCAAGGCAAGAAGAGAGGUGAUUUCGGUGAUAAAGCCGCCCAAGAGAAUCUACAACGAAUUGUGGCUCAGUUUGAACAAUUCUUGAAUGAUGACACAGCGGGACCUGAUGGAGCUGGUCUUUUUGACGAGGAUUCUGAUAAUACUGACGAAGUUGACUCCGACAACGAGAUGGAAAAUGAUGGCGAAGACAAGGAAGCCUCUUUUGACGAAGAACGAUUUGCGAAAAUGAUGCGAGAAAUGAUGGGUAUGCCAACGGAUAUGGAAGUGGGUGGGAGUGGUUCUACUCCGGAAAGGAGCAUUCCUGCUGGUGGAUCUGGUAGGAUUCAGGAGCUCGAUUCGGACGAUGAAGACGACAACGGAGACAUUCAGUUGGUGAUGCAGCGAAUAGAAGCAGAGUUGAACGAGUCCGGAGCACUGAACCUUGAUCCAACUCCAAGAAAGAUUGGAGCCACGAAACGGGCUAUGAGAAGUAAAGAUUCUACGAAGAGCAAGCAGCUCGAGCUCAGUGAUGAGUCUGAUGAUGCUGAUGAAGAGAACGACGUGGAUGUCAAUCUGGCCCGAAAUCUUCUUGAGAGCUUGAAAUCUCAAGGCGGUACCUCGGGACCUGGAGGUAAUCUGAUUGGCUUGAUGGGACUGAAAACGCCAAGAGAAGAGCAAGAUGAGCAGGAAUGA